AUGAAUGAUAAUCCGCUUGAUUCGGUGGAAGUGGAUGAACAGGCGGAUUCCGGAGAAAAUCCACAGGAAACUCCUACAGAUGAUGACCUCCAAAAUGAUUCUUAUCCGUCCGUGGCUCAAGAAUAUGGCAAUCGACGCGAAAGCGACUCAAGAUUUUCCAAUAGGCCUCCUGCAUCGAAGGGAAACACGCCAUCUGUCGUCCCACCUCUCGCAGGAUUGCCCGCGACAGAAAAGACUAUGGAGAAGCAGGGAGUCAAAAUACCAACUUAUCAUUUAGAUGAUCUCUUUGAAUGGGAGAAGAUGAAAUGCGAGACUCCGUAUUACUUGCAGGGAGAUGAUUCCUUCGAAACCCCGGAGAAGCAGGCAGAGCGCCAAGCUUUGAAAGUCCAUCCAGAAGUGGUGGCUGCUCUCGAGGAAGCGUGGGGCUACUUCGCCAAGGAUAGCCAAGAUCACGUUACCAAAGAAGAGUACGCUCGGGUCCUAAUUCGCAUCUGUCUCGUCCUGGUACCUGAGCUGCGAGGCCGCCAAGUGAUAGAAUUGAUAGAGGAAGAAUGGAGGCAGGACUCCAAGGGGAAAGAUUGGAUUGAUCAUUCUGAAUUCUUUGAAUCCUUCUUCCAGCUGGCGGAUGUGUGGACCCCGAGAAUAGACGGCUCUGCAUACGCAGACUUCCUCAGAAAGCUUUUCCGGCGAAUAACUGUCAAGAAAGGCCGCAUGAAACCCGAUGCCCGGCUUACAAAAAUUAAGCCGAAGAUUAUCGUCAAGGUUCUUAAUAAAGAUUUGAGGGCACCGGAUGCUGGAGUGCAAGACCAGACGGACGCACAACGGGUGGAUCUAAUAGUUAGUUCGGAAAGUGACGGCAGGUGUGUCGCUGAAUGGAGCAAAGCGGAACACAAGGCCGUUGAGGCAAUGGUGUCUGCUCACAUGAGCGGCGAAAAGAACUAUCUUGAUACACUUGAGCUGCGCGAGGAAGUUGUCCAUGACUGUAUGGAAAUCUCGCCAAAGGAACCAGUAUCUACAGAAUGGGCGGAUUUCUCAAAUAUAGCGCCAUUGGGUGCAGCAUCGAGGGCCUUUCUUGAGAGCAUCUUUUCAAAGUCCAUGGCUGCAGUUUUGCAAAGGCAGCAACAAAGGUCUCAGCAAGUCGAGCCCUCCAGCGAUGCUAGCGAUACGUCGCAGGAGCCUGGCGAGCAGGAGGCGACAGACAACACCGCCAUGGAGCCGCAGGUGCCUCACACACUCGCUCGUCGGCAUUUUGCAGAUUACCAGAGCAAAAGCGACCUGCCCGUUAGAAUAUCUGGAGUUUCGGAAGAGGAACUCAGGCCGUUUAAGUCCAUAGGGCUUCCGGUGCAGAUGGAGGGCAUGCCGAAACUAAUUCGCCUUAAGGGAGCACCUCCCUUGCUUUUAAAUAAGCAAAUAGCUAAACAGGAGAGGCUGAAGGAUCAGACCGGGGCCAAGCCUGCGGACACAGAGGAAGAAGAGCAGAAUAUUUACCAGCUUGAGGACUCUGAAGUCGCACUGCUUCAAGAUCUGAAAGCAGUCGAGGGUGAUGACAUGGAUUUGGAGGACCUCAAGAAGGCCUUGUUGUCUGGCGAAGAAGAGAUGCCACCUCAACCAUUGCCUCCUCCAGAACCUGAGCCAGAGCCUAGCGCUGAGCUGAAAGCCGAGCCUCAAAUGGAGAUAGUGAGAGAGCCAGGGCCAGAGGAAGGUGCAACCAAUGAGGCGCAAGAUGCAGACGCCCCCGAAGGAUCCGAGGGACAAGCGAUGGCAGUCACGCACGAAGAGCAAGAUGCAUCAGUGGAAGAAUCUGUUGAGGAGAUUAAUGACGAAGAAACCUAUUCACAAGAUGAAGAGACAGCGAUGCCUCAGUCUGUGCCUAUGCAUCGCCCAACGACUUUCAAGUCACGUGUCUUUCACAGUCUCUGUGAAGAAUCGCAACGGCAAACAAGGGCAAAGUUGUUCCGAAGGUCUAUCAUCAUUAAGGGAGUGGGUUCCGUUGCUGUAAGACGUCGUUCUGACUUCACAAAUUUACCUGUAGCUCGAAAUUCCAAUGGAGACAACUUCGAAAUCGAUUAUGAAAGCGAUAAGGAGUUCAACUUUGAAGAAACAUCUUUGCCAAUCGAGUUCGAUCAGGAGGUGGACCCACUUAUCAGCGAAGAACCUGUGGAUGAAGACCCUUGGCCUAAGGCUUACCUCCAGUCCGAGAAGGCGCCGCAGGAGCAUACGAUAAUGGUGACCGACGAAGACGAGGUAGCCUUCGCCCAAGAACCUCGCCAGGCAAUCCUAAUUGUUGGCCCCAAUGGUCCCGAGAAAAGCCGAGUGGCCUACAAACUUGCCACAAAUUUGGGGCUAGAGUGGUUACAAGCCGAGUACCUCCUGUCGGCUCUCUGCAAAAUAAGGCGCUCCUUACUGACACCGUUAGCGAGGCGAUUGACUCGCAUGAUGCGUCGGGGUUCUCGUGUUCCGGUGCUGGAGGCGCUACUGCUUGCGCUAGAGUUUAUGGCGAGCAAACGUUCGCGAACAGCUGGAUAUGUGCUGGAGUUGCCCAACGGCGACAAGCAGGAAAUCACUGCCUUCCUAAGGCACCUUUGGGACUUGAGUGGGCGAAGACGGCUCAACUGGCCAGAGUUGCUUCUACGUCACGCUCGCAUAUGCGAACAGCGGAAAAGGCGUCGUAGGGAAGAGAGGCGCCGAGCAAUUCUUGAAAAGAAAAACACCGAAAAAACGGAAGAGGAGAAUGCGGAAGUCCCUGCUGUACCUGGAGUAGCAGAGGGCCUUGAAAGCGAACGAGAUAAUGAAAUCAGGCAACUCGUCAAUGAAACAGUAGGGGGUGUCAUUGCUGUGUCCGGAGGCCCCUCAAUCUCUGAGCCGGGACAGAUAGCUGCACUCGCCGGUUUGGCUGCUGCCAAGCGAAGAGAUCGUGUCGGCACUGACGAAAAUGGCCGGGGACCUGUCAGUAAAACCAGUCCGGAACCCGAAAUUGGGAAGCCAGAGAGUAGCUCUACAGGACAAACUGUUCAAAUUUUCGCGGCAAGCGAAAGUAUCGAGGCUCAAGACACCAUGAAGAGGGUCGGCAGCGCCGAAAAGAGUGAAAAAAAUAUGGAGUCGUUCCAGCGCUCAUUGCCUGAUGAUGCUCAGAGAGAGGAGAGAAAAGAAAAAGGGAAAAGGGGCAGGAAGGCUGAAAGGUGGCAGGCUGCAAUUGAGAGUGCUGAGACCUUGCACGAAAUCGAAUUCUUGACAGCAGAAGGGGCUGAGACAACGGAAAAGCCUGAAUCCUUGGAAGUGCCUGCGUCUGUGCCGGCAGCAUCUGCUCCGAAAUCCAGCACGGAGGCACACGAAAGAUCGCAGUUUCAGUCUCAGAAUGAGGGAGACAAUAACGCAGCAGCUGUUGUCACAGAAGUAGGCGAAGAGCUCAAGCCAGCCAGCGAUUCCUCAGGCCCUGAGGCUGAUGGCAGCCUCAAGUUGGCUUUGUCUUCUGACAAGGAAUCCCGCGCUUCAGAAAGGAGGAUAUCUGCAGGACAUAGCUCCAGCGAAGGAGAGCAAAAUGAGGACGCAGCAGCUCCUUCUUCGGUUGAUCCACUUUCCGGUCCACGUGAUAAUGCCACCACAGAUGAACCUACAGUUAACCACAGCAGCAGCAGAAGCAGUAACACGCUGAAUGACCGUGGCUCUGCCACAGAGGGUGCUGAGGAUGAGGCAACAGAAAAAUCAUCUCAGUUGUCAGAUGUUGAAGCAGAGCCGUGGCUGGUUGAAGAUGGGGGCUCUGAACUUUCGUCUUCAGACUCGUCAAAUUCAGACGCGGAGGUGGACGCACUGUACCGUCUGGCAGCUGCAGACCCCUCUCAACCCCAGCCAAACCCCUUAAUGGAUGCUUUUCCUGGCCGUGCCGUGUUCCUGCAAAUCGACACCAAAGAAGGUGCCCGAACGCUCAUGGUGGACACAACGAGCGGGGCGGUAAUCGACGAGUUCCGCACAGACACGGGCGUCAGCGGAGGCUCCGGUGACCUAACAGAACGGACUGGGGACGGUGAAAAUGCUGAAGAGUUAUUGUUUAGCGUGGAUGCUGACCUUCUCGAGGAGCUAAAGAAGGCGCUGCCGCCUAACUUGAGCGCUUCUUCGUCGUUUGAAGAAGACUUGGCCCGUCUGGCCGAAUACCGUAAUCAGGGCUUAUUAUCUCAGCGACUGCUUCUGCAACACCUGUUGCAGACACUGGGACCCAACCGAGUGGUGUUUUAUCCUACAGAAGAGCAGGAGCAAGAAGAAGGCACCUCUCUGGAAAGCCAAGUAGUCAUGGCUGGGCCUCGCCUUGCAGCGGCGCUGGAAUUUUUGUCGGUAAGGCCUGUCGGUGAAGUUGCCGCAGUUGUGCCCGGCGCCGCUGAGGUGCAGGACCUGAGUGAACUGCUGGUUCGAGAAGAAACGGCCACAGAGCAAGCAGAUGAGUUAGGAGAUGACACAGAGGUGUCACCUGAAGGGCAAGAGGGCGAAGCUCAAGGUGGAGACGAAGACGGAGCCGAGGAGCAGACAGACACCAAUGGUGAAGAUCGCGACGACGGCUCUUCGGGAGCUGAUACCCAGCCGGAUGACUCUGCAACGCUCACAGUGCCCCCAAGUAAAUAUCGUAUGGCGGAUGACUUGUGGGGAGAGUCUCUGUUGGAGCUUCUAGAGUCACAGAGUGGCUCAACGGCUGCGGGCAACGCAGCAGCCUCUGAAAGCACUUCAUCAGCUCCUGAGACCGAUGAGGAAGAGACAGAAGAGGUGGAACAGCAAACAACGUCUGCUUCUGAAGAAUUGUCGCAGGCCAUGAACCAAUUGCUACAAAGGAGAUGGACUGCUUGGGGACCGUACUGCCCUGUCAGCUUAAAGGAGGAAGGAAAGGCUGUGGAGGGACAGAAGCAAUUCGCCGUCGAGUUUGCCGGAAAGCUUUUUCUGAUAGCAGAUGAAGAAAAGCUCAACAAAUUUAUAAAAGACCCGAAGAAAUAUGUUGAUGCUCCACCCUCACUGCCGCGCACCACCAAUAUUUACCUCUUUGGGCCUUCUUACGCUGGAGCUGCAAAACAGGCUCGACUUCUCAGCCGCACCUAUGGAUUGAUCGCUUUGGAUGUGGGAAAGGAGAUUGCUGAGGGGCAUCGCAGGAAAGAAGAGGAAAACCAGCGACAACUGGAGGAGGAGGAAAGACGCAAAGAGGAAAGGCUGCUUCAGGAAGAGCUGAAAAAACAGCAGCUGAGGGAAGAAGAGGAAAGACGACUCAUGCUUGCAGAGGAUGACCCUGAGAGGCUGGCUGCUGCCAUCUCAGGAGGUCUUGAAGAAGGAUCUGAACCUGCAAAUCCGCCCGUGGCUGAAGGCAGUACUCAAGGGUCGGCUGGCAUUACCCAGCUGUCCCCGUCGACCGGUACCUCAGGUUCCAACUCGGGGAGGGCCAAUACUGCCAAUCUGAUGGACUCAAACAGAGAAGAAGUACAAAUAGAACCCGCAGAUGCGACGACAGAACAGAACGAGGGCACUAACGAGGUGCUGUUUAUGACCACUGAUGAAGAAGAGGAGCUUUUAAAGAAAGGCCAUGCAUUAGGUAAACGCAGAAACGUUGAAACACAUAUACAGCAACACUGCAUAGUGUUUCCACUUAACUAG